CAAGACAGCGUGAAGUGACGCGAAGGCGUGCGUAUCCCAGCGCUGCUGCUGCUGUGUGGCGUGGCGGUGGCGGCGCCGUGCAUGGGGCUUGUGUACGCGCACGGGGAGGUGUGAGAACUCGGGGAAAGCGGCUGGCGGCGAUUUACGCAGUAGGGUGACGGGAUUUUAUCGGGAUUCGGCUAGGCGACAGAUAGGAGCCCUGGAGUUUUGGUCUGCUAGAAUAUGCCUCAAUUUGAUAUUGUUUUAGAAGUUAACUGGAAAUACACGUUAAGCUGCAGAGAAUUUUCUUAUCCCUGGUGAAAGUAUAGUAUUAAAGUAUACUUCUUCAAAGAAACGGUUGCCCCCUUUGAGCUGUGUUUUAAGUGGUACCUGGUUUGUACCACUGGCAGUUUGACAAGUUUCCAAAAUGAAAGAGAGACUUUUUAUUGCGUGUUUUGGAGCUUUACUCCUAGCUAUUCAUGGCCAAGGACAGGACUUGAACAUCUUGCCACACAGAACAGGAAUGAAAUCAAAUUCAGACCCAAAGAAGCAGGAAAAUGGUGUAACACUGGCACCAGAGGAUACACUACCAUUUCUAUAUUGUUACUGCUCUGGAUACUGUCCUGAAAAUGCUGUAAACAAUACAUGCAUCACAAAUGGACAGUGCUUUGCAAUGAUUGAAGAAGAUGACCACGGGGAUAUCAUUUUGACAUCAGGCUGCAUGAAAAUGGAGGGUUCAGACUUUCAGUGCAAGGAUUCUCCAAAAGCCCUGUCACGGAGAACUAUUGAGUGUUGCAGGACUGAUUUCUGUAACCGAGACUUGCAGCCCACAUUGUCACCAAAGUUACCAGAUGCAGAAUAUGGUUUGCGCUUCAUUGCUCUUAUCAUUUCGUUGGUGGUCUGUGUGAUUAUUAUAGCCGGCUUCAUUCUUAUCAUUUGGCUUUACAAACAUAAACUGCAUUCCCAAAGGAUGCUAUAUAACAGGAAUUUGGACCCCGAUGAUGCCUUUAUACCUGCAGGGGAGUCCCUUAAGGCUCUUAUUGAUAUAUCACAAAGCUCUGGUAGUGGCUCUGGGCUGCCUUUAUUGGUGCAGCGUACUAUAGCGAAGCAGAUCCAAAUGGUUAGACAGAUAGGAAAGGGAAGGUAUGGUGAAGUAUGGAUGGGAAAAUGGAGAGGAGAGAAGGUGGCUGUCAAAGUGUUCUUUACUGCUGAAGAAGCCAGCUGGUUCCGGGAAACUGAAAUCUACCAAACUGUCCUCAUGCGACAUGAGAAUAUACUUGGUUUCAUAGCAGCUGAUAUUAAAGGAACAGGCUCAUGGACACAAAUGUACCUAAUAACAGAGUAUCAUGAAAAUGGAUCAUUGUAUGACUUCCUUAAGUGUACCACUCUGGAUACUAGAUCUUUACUCAAGCUUGCUUAUUCAGCAGCCUGUGGAUUAUGUCACCUCCACACUGAAAUAUAUGGCACUCAAGGAAAACCUGCCAUUGCACACAGGGAUCUGAAAAGUAAAAACAUACUUAUAAAAGAAAAUUGGACAUGCUGCAUUGCUGACCUGGGACUUGCAGUAAAAUUUAACAGUGAUACACAUGAAGUUGAUAUACCCCUGAACACACGUGUGGGGACAAAGCGUUAUAUGGCCCCAGAAGUUCUGGAUGAAAGUCUAAAUAAGAAUCACUUCCAGGCAUAUAUUAUGGCAGAUAUCUACAGCUUCAGUUUAAUUAUCUGGGAGAUGACCCGUCGCUGCAUAACUGGAGGAAUUGUUGAAGAGUAUCAGCUACCUUACUAUGACAUGGUGCCAAAUGAUCCAUCCUUUGAGGAUAUGAGAGACGUUGUCUGCAUGAAAUGUCUAAGACCUACAGUUUCAAAUAGGUGGAACAGCGAUGAAUGUUUGAGAGCUGUUUUAAAACUGAUGGCAGAGUGCUGGGCUCAAAACCCUGCUUCCCGGCUCACUGCUCUACGAAUCAAGAAGACACUUGCAAAGAUGGUGGAGUCCCAGGACGUCAAGAUUUGACAAGAACAUAGGACACUGGUAUCAGAACUAUUUUGGAAAAAAAAAGCCAAGUGCAAAGAGGAGGCAAUGAUACUUCCUGUGCACCUCCUUGUUUUAUUUUGCUGGCUGCUAUAUACUGACUUUAAGUACUGUGUAGAAUUACACCGGGUGCAUCUCUUCCUCAUCGGGAGCCUCCGUGUACUCAAGGACAGAUUAUUUUUGUUCAAAAUUUUUAUAUCGAAUCUUUGGUCAUUUUAACAUGAAAGUAUUCAGCUUGAUGGUUACUGAAUCGCAUGUUCAGAAUAUUUUGCUUUCCGUGAAAGCAGUAACCAUGUUAAAGGCAUUUUUAUUUCCUUAUUGCCUGCUACCCUGGAGAAGUAAUUAGAUAAGAUAUUAUUCAACAGAUUUAUUGUGGAUUAAAUGUCAGUGAAUCCCAAUAAUAACUCAGUACAUUAUGAAUGAACCAAAAAAAUGGAAAAAGAAAAUGUAUUAUUAUUUUGCCAGAAGUAAUUUGCCAUCUCUCCAUAGGUUGAAAAUCAUAAUGAAGAACCCAUGUAAAGAUUUUCUUUAUUUUAUUUUUUGAUAAAAAUGUAAAAUGUGUGCCUAGUAAUCUAGAUGCUGUACCCUAAUGAAACUGUACAACAAAAAUCAAACAUUUAAAAUUACAAGUGAAUCGGCAUGCUGCUAUUUCCUGUAACAAAAUAUAAAGGACCUUGCAAAACACAUGUAUAAUGCUCAGAGAUUCUGCUGAAGCUUAUAUCUAUGCUUCCCUCAACACUGCUGAAUUGGAGUGAAAAUUUUGGUUUCAUGAUAUAUAUUGUUUCUAUGAUAGAAAGUGGCAAUUGCAGACUAUCCAUUUCAACUAGGAAGGACCUAACUGCUAAUUCCAAAAGAGUAAUGUGACUCAAUCCAUGGCUGCAUGAAACUGUAUUUGUAUAAAUAUAUUUAUCUCUCUCACACACAGCUGGGAUGGGUUAUUCGAAGAAGGGCAAACAGUGGCAAAAUAGAUUUGUUAAUGUUACACCAUAUUUAUAUACAGUUUAAGGUUUUUCAUUCCCUGUUUGUUAUUUAGUCCUUGAUAAGAUAUUCUUUUACCUCUUGGUUAAUAGCUGUCAUCAGAUCCCUUCUUAUCACGAAUACCUUCAAAAGUGUAUAUGCCAAGAUAAAAAUGUGUAUCAAAAUACUGGUUAGAAUCUAAAUGUAUCAUGUGCAUGAUAAAACACGCAUUGCUUAUGACAUGUACUCUAGUGGGCAGAUAUCUGUAAGGCUGAGGGCACAUUGAGAGUUUGCUCCACUGCUCUUAGCCUGCAAUUUUUUGUUUUUUUGCACCUCGGAAAAACUUAACUGACAAGUACAGCUUCUGCCUUGUCAGAGGCCUUCUGCAGUGGCAGAAGCUGUACUUGUCAGUACAGUUUUACUGAGGGAACAGAUCUGCUUCUCAGCCUGCAAAAAAAAACAAACAAAACACAGGCUUAGAGCAGCACAACCAAAGCUGUGUGUUCCCAAUAACAUUGUCUGCAGUUUGAAUUUGUGAUAUUCAUGUGAUAUAGCAAAUGAACGAAGAAGUAAUGGGAAUGUGGUAAGGAGAGUGGGUUUUACUACUUACAGAUUGUGUACAUUUUCACUUUAGUAAACUGGACUAAAGGGUACAUUUAAAUAGACAUUGCAUUAAAUACUCACUCUUCAAAUAUAAAAAAGAAUAUUUAUAGCCAUAGAUUUGAAAUCUGAACUCAAAAUCACUUCUGAUCUUUAAAUUCUUAGAGCAGUUCAGGUUAAUGGCUGUGCAACUGUGGAACUGUAGUAUAUCUAGGACUUAUAUGUACUGCUAUAGAAAGAAGGCUAAGGGUCAUUGGUACUAUAUAUCUUCAAGGCAGGACCAGCCCUUCUGGAAUGGUUCCGAGCUCAGCCUUUACUUAGCAAUUUGCUUUAUAAAUCUUACUGCAUGUUUACUGUAAAAAAAACAUUCUUAUGCCAUAAUUACCAGGUUUUUUUAACCAAACCACAGAUGUUACAGAAAUAUAUAAAAGCAAGGAAAAUAUUUGCUUUCUUUGGGCCCAUAUACAGAUUAAUCAUAUUAAUGAAUGUAGAGAUUUACCUCAUUUUAAUGUAUAGCAAGUUUUGUACAUUUUGUGCCUAAUAUUAUUAUUUGCCAAAAGUAUAUGCCAUGUAUCCGUUGCUAGUUCUUGUAAGGCACUGCUAUGAUUUGUGCAUAUAAUUUUUUUUUUAAAUAUAUAUUACCAUUUAAAUUUCAGACACUAAUGCUGCCAAACACUAAACUCCACAACUGGCAAAUACUGCAGUUUUUAAUAAAAAACUAGUUUAUUUUAAGGAAGUUAAGUUUAAAAAAGCAACAAAUCAGGGAAUUUAUGUGGAACACCAUCCUUUUCUAAAUGUAUAGGCCCUAUAGUGUAAGCCAGAGGCAGUACAAAUGGCAGUGCAUUCAUUGGCUGCAUUGUUAAUGAUUUGUUUUGGGCUUGUUUUGUCACUAUUCCAAUGAAUUACACAUCUUAAUUGGAAUUAAAAUGAAAAGUUCCUAUCCAGUGUUGUAUGUAAUGUUCGUCAAGUUGUAUGCAGUUAAAAUAAAAACAGGCUCAUUAUAACCACUGUACAUGCACUAAGUAAAGUUUUAAAGUCUAACAACGCUGUACGUGCAAAGUGAUUCUCAGUAUUAAAUGCCUAAAGCUGGCCUUACAUCCACCAAUAUAAUCAGUUUUGUAUCAUUUUCGGACCGCGUGUGAGGUCCGAAUUAUCAUCCCAAUAAUUUUUUGCACCAUGGCGAUUGGUUGUUUAGUCGAUCGGACAGGUCUGAAAAUUUUGGUCUGAUAACAAUAAAAUCUGCGAAUCUAUUGGCGAUAUUCUUGUAUCUCUGGGAUGUCACUUGUACGAUUGUUGUCUGCUUAUUACUUUGUACAGAACAUUCUCCAACUUUAUCCUACAAUUUCAAUGUGAAUGUUACUUUUAGAUCAUUGCAUACGAUCGGUAUUUGGACAUUUGACAGAAGAUGACUAAAAUCUAAACAUGUAUGGCCACCUUUAGUUGUCCUGUAUGCAAAUGUUUGUAAUUUUUUUUGUUAUUGUUUUAACUAAAGAUUUUAAUGUUGCAGUUUUGUUAUCUCAACAUUUGCUGAAGUGCCAUCAAAAAUGAUAGAAACAAACUAUUCGGUUAGCAAUAAAAUGGUAUGCCUGGCAACUCUCAUUUAGUUCAUUACAUGGGCCAGUGACAAUGAAAGUGUGGAUUUUGCAUGGAUUUAUAUAUAAUGGUGUGUACAUUAAAGCAAACAGGUAGUCAGUGUUGUUAACCAGAAAUAAGAGGUGUCCAGAAAUAAGUGGUUGCCAUUAAUUUCACUGGCAGCCUACAUGGGCAGUGUUUUUCCAUAAAAAAUACUGGUUGUUAAAAUGCUGUGUGUAACAUUAGCCUGCUAUAGUUAAUACAAGUGCAUUAGAUUGUUGCCCAGGGGAGUUCCAUUUAAAUGUGUAAUUGCCACAUUCACAUAGCAUUGAUUAAUAGUUAUAUGGAGGUGAUCAGGGGGUUAAAUAUCAUUCAUGCCCCUUAACACACCAAUAGAAUAAAAACCUUUUUCACAUAGAAUAGAACCAUUUCUGUAAACAUAUAUUAUAUUUACAGCUGCUAAACCAACAGUUAACCUCUUCAACUGAUUUUUUUUUUUUUUUUUUAGUAUUUAAUUUUUUUUUUGUUGUGGUGUUGCUGGCCCUUUAAAUCAUACAACUUUUCUUUAGGAAUUUACAGGCAAAUCUAAAAGCAAGGGAUGUCCAGCAGGUUGCCCAGGUCUAGUUGUGGCCAUGCCUCAGAUCAUUUAAGACCAAUGACGGCCCUUUGUGUUAUCCAUAGAUUGGAACACUUAACAUUUGACAGUCUGUGUGUUUUACUUAUAUGAAUGGUUUAUACUAAGAAAUGUAAAAUAACAUUGUUUUUGAAUGGAGUAACAUUGCAGAAGACCAACAUUCUUCACUUUCCACAUUGGCCUCAUUGAUGUAGACAGCCAUAGGCAGAAUGAAGUCAGUAUAUGCUCACAUAGCCUUCCAGUGCAGAGCAAAUGUAUAUAAAACGGUCCAGGUGUGCCUACUCUUAUAUUUAACUAUGCACACAUGCCUACUCUUUUAUUAAACAGUGAACACAUCUUUCAUCAUAUGGCUUACACCCACAAGCGGUUCUUGUGCCAUGCAUUACAUCCUACUUAAGCCGCUCAUGCAGGUCUGUACCCCAAAAAAUAAUGACCAAUUGGCGAGUGAUGGCACAGACCCAAAAGAAUGAGACCGAUCAACAUGAGCAAAUGUGCCAGACUGUAAUGUGUAUCUAUGGAGUCUAAUCGUAACAACACUACCUUUACUUGAAGAAAAUAAACUAAAUAGGUCUGUUUUUUGCCCUGUGUUUAUAUCAAAUUCAACUAUGAUAGCAGAACUGUUAAGGUACACCUGAUUUCUGUAUAACUUAUGCAACGUACAUUUUUUUUUUUAUGUCCGCAUAGAUCUGAAUUGCUUUAGCUUCACAGAUUGUUAGUGAAAAGCCUUCAUUGUGACACCUUAAAAACUCCACAUUUCUUCCUUGCAGUAAUACAUUUUGUAUAACUGACACCCUGGUUUUUCCUCCUGUGUCCUCAAUUUUUUUUCAGCGUGGAAGCUGAUUAACCCUUUACACAUCAGACUGUACAAUAUACAGCACUGACACUAUAGUUACCAACUACCAGUUCUGUAUAGUUUGUUUCUGGGUUACAGGUUGUUUGGUGCAGGGUUGCAAGUUGACCAACAGCUUGUGAUGACCUUCUUUAUGUUUAAAAAAGAAAAAAAAAACACGUCCGGCAUGCGAAGUGUUAAAGGGAACAUUUUCUUACAUGUGACAUUGCCAUUCUAAUGUUGUCUAUACCAUGUAGUAUAAUGUAUACAAAAAGUAAGUGUAGUUAAAUUAGCAUACGUGUAAAUAAGGUUUAAAUAAGCUGUAUGGUUAUACUAUUGUGAUAUAUGAAAAAAAUGUAGAAUAACAAUUUAAAAUGUAACACUAAAUGUAUUUUGUACAGCAUCUGGUUUCAGAGGUGCCUUAUAUUAAGUUUACCAUAAAUUGCUUUGUCUGUACACCAAUUAUGUUCAAUGUAUCAUUUCUAAGUAAAUAAGCUUAUUUUAGUAAA